CGGUCCAUGAGGAAUGUCGGGUCUGUAUGAUUUAAAAAUAGCCCCAUCUCAUCUUCUGCCUGACACGCUGCUCCAGCGAGGCUCAUAGUGGUGCGAGCAGCAGGAAUGUGAAGAUGGCUACAGAUCUGGGAGAGCUACUGGUCCCGUACAUGCCCACCAUUAGAGUACCGAGGACAGGAGACAGGGUUUUCAAGAGCGAAUGCGCUUUUUCCUACGACUCUCCUGAAUCGGAAGGAGGUCUAUAUGUGUGUUUGAACUCAUUCCUGGGUUUUGGAAGAGAACACGUGGAGAGACAUUACCGCAAGACUGGACAGAGUGUGUACAUGCACUUAAAGCGGCAUGUGAAAGAGAAAGCCACAGGUGCUGCAGGGGGUGCCAUACCAAGAAGAAGGAAUGGAAAAGUAUUUUUAGAUUUAGAGCUUAACCGUGAUUUUAAUGGAGAUGAUUAUGAGUAUGAAGAUGAAGCCAAGCUUGUCAUAUUUCCAGACCACUUUGAGAUCCCUUUACCAAAUAUUGAGGAGUUGCCCGCACUGGUGACAAUAGCCUGUGAUGCCAUCCUCAAUGCGCCAUCUCCAUACAAAAAGCAGGAGUUGGAUUCAUGGGAAGAGGAGAUCCAAGUAUCUAAACAUGCCAGAAGCCUCAGACAGCAGGAGAAUGGGGUUCGAAUUCCUCCCAGCGGCUGGAAGUGCGCCAAGUGUGAAAUGAGAGAAAACCUGUGGCUAAACCUGACGGAUGGCUCUGUCCUCUGUGGGAAAUGGUUCUUUGAUGGGAGCGGAGGGAACGGACAUGCCCUUGAGCACUACAGAGAAACCAACUUCCCCCUGGCAGUUAAACUCAACACAAUCACCCCAGAUGGAGCAGAUGUUUAUUCCUUCGAUGAAGAAGAAGCAGUGCUUGAUCCUCACAUAUCAGAACAUUUGUUACACUUCGGAAUAGAUAUGCUGCAAAUGCAAAGGACAGAGAAUGGCCAUCAUACAGACAACCACGUGCAGCUGCGUGUGAGUGACUGGGAAGUGAUUCAGGAGGCUGGUCUAAAGCUAAAGCCCGUCUAUGGACCAGGAUACACGGGCAUCAAAAACCUGGGCAACAGCUGCUACCUGAGCACCACUAUGCAAGUGCUUUUCAGUAUUCCAGAGUUCCAGAGAGCGUAUGUUGGGAACCUACAGAGAAUAUAUGACUACUCGCCUCUUGAUCCAACUCAGGAUUUCAACACACAGAUGGCAAAACUUGGUCAUGGACUUCUCUCAGGCCAGUAUGCAAAACCGCCAAUGAAAUCAGAACUAAUUGAACAGGUGAUGAAAGAAGAAUACAAGCAGCAGCAAAGAGGGAUUUCACCUAAGAUGUUCAAAUCGCUGGUCAGUAAAGGACAUCCCGAGUUUUCCUCAAACCGACAACAAGAUGCUCACGAAUUCUUCCUGCACUUAAUUAACCUGGUGGAGAGGAACAAUUCAGGCUCAGAGAACCCCAGCGAUGUGUUUCGCUUCAUAGUUGAGGAGCGAGUGCAGUGCUGUCAGACACAGAAGGUGCGGUACACACAGCGAGUGGACUACCUUAUGCAGCUUCCUACACCCCUGGAGGCAGCCAGCAACAGAGAGGAGCUAAUAGCAUUUGAGAGUAAGCGGAAGGAAGCUGAGGAGAACAUGCGGCCCCCUCCAGAGCCGGUGAGAGCCCGAAUCCCCUUCACUGCCUGUCUGCAAGCCUUCACUGAGCCCGAGAAUGUUCCAGACUUCUGGAGCUCUGCGCUGCAAGCCAAGUCAGCUGGAGUGAAGACUUCUCGUUUCGCAUCUUUCCCCGAGUACAUGGUUGUGCAGAUAAAGAAGUUCACAUUUGGUGUUGAUUGGGUUCCCAAAAAGUUAGAUAUAUCUGUAGAUGUGCCUGAUUUCCUGGACUUGAAUCGCCUCCGGGCAACAGGGCUACAGGCAGGAGAAGAGGAACUGCCUGACCUUACACCUCCCAUUGUCAUUCCUGAAGACACCAGAGACAGUUCAACAAACAACUCUUUGGAAUCUCCAGAAAUAGAUGAAUCAUCCGUGAUGCAACUGGCAGAGAUGGGUUUCCCUCUGGAAGCCUGUCGGAAGGCAGUGUACUACACUGGGAAUAUGGGGGCAGAGAUGGCCUUUAACUGGAUAAUAGCGCACAUGGAAGAGCCAGAUUUUGCCGAGCCUCUGGCAAUUCCCUCUUACAUGGAACCAGACCUGCUCAGCCCCAGCCUCCCUACUACCAGUGCUCUGGACAACCAGCCUCCAGAAGAGAGCAUCUCCAUCCUCACCUCCAUGGGCUUCCCCAGACAUCACACAAUCAAGGCUCUCAAAGCCACAAACAACAACUUGGAGCGAGCUCUUGACUGGAUAUUCACACACCCAGACUGUGAGGAAGAGACUGAGGCUAUGUCAGACACAGCAGACACAGAGCCGAACGAUAACAGCUUCUCAAACGCCAAUGCCCACAGCGACUCCUCGCUCUCUCCAGAUCAGGACCUGUCCAGCCCCCGCGUCAGAGACGGACCAGGGCGUUAUGAACUGUUUGCCUUCAUCAGUCACAUGGGAACAUCCACAAUGUCUGGUCAUUAUGUGUGUCAUAUCAAAAAAGAGGGCAGAUGGCUGAUUUACAAUGACCACAAAGUUUGUUUGUCAGAGAGACCCCCUAAAGACUUGGGCUACAUGUACUUUUACCGGCGCCUGUCAAGCUGCUAGAUCUGGACCUUCACAACCUUAUGCACAGCCAUUUGGCCAGAGAGGUGUGUGGGGCACCACUGACACUGCUGGAAACUAGGGAAGCAUUUACAUCUGUGAGACGGAGAGAGAACCUCUCAGUCCCUGCCAAGACCCACACAGACACUAAUACCACAGGAACGGUCGAGCAGGGAAACGAGUGUGUGUGUGUCGUCUGUCCGAGUUUUGUUUAUUUGUUCGUCUCGUGUCUGCUUUAAAGGUACAGUGGGAUGUGUGCAAUUUUACGUAUGCAGAUUAUUUUCCUAAUAUAUUCUCAAAUUAUUUGUUAUGUUUCUCUUUGAAUACUUUAAGCUCCUGUGCCAGUAUUUUCAAGGCGUACUUCUUUUGAAAACAUAACACGUGCCUGCAUUUACAAAUGUUAUUACUGCCAUCUCAGAAUGUACUCCCUUCAGUUCAUGUUCUUUGGGUUACCUAGUUGUUCAACAACAACAAAAAGUCUGUCAGAGGAGAUUUCAAAUAGAGAUCAUGUUUAGUGGAUUUUGAUGAAACUGCAAUCGAUCUAUAACGUAAUGUUAUUACACAGAAACAUUUGUUUUUGACUCAUGCCCAUAGAGGAAAAAAGUUUAUUGAAAUGUUGGACUGUGGUCCUUGUUUGGUAGGUCUUAGUUUGCUGAUAGAUAUGUGCUAGAUUUAUGUUCUAGCAUUUGGAUUGAUCCAUAUUUGUGGCAUCAGACUGAUUUUUUUUUUUUAAUAAUGGAAUCUAUAUUUCAGGUUUAUUCUCCCCAACUGCAAAAGUUUGUCCAGUUUCUAUACCUUCAGGCAGAAGUAGACCUUUUUAUAUAUAUAUAUAUAUAUAUAUUCAAGAACAUUGAGCCUCAUUUAUUGGCAUGGCUUUAAAAAUAUUUUGUUUGUACAAUAUCAUUACAUUCAACUUUAAGUCCAUGAUAGCUUUCAGUCAGUCUGUGAUAUCUGACCAGAAAGUGCACCAAUAUCACAUAUUCAUGCAAUGUUCAAGUGCUUUACUUUGAUCAUAUCUUUAGCAGUUUAAAGACUGGAAUGCAUUUGAAGUCGUUUCGUUUCAUUUAUUUCCAGUCUCAAAGAAUGUAAAACUAUUUUUAUCCCAUACCUAAGCAAUAUGUGAUGACAUACUGUAUAGAGCAGAAUUAUAUGCAGUAUUAUUCAUAGAAUGAUCUCAGAUACAUGUAUGUAUUGGUGCUCAGUGUUACCAAAUCACAAGCUCUUAAGCUUUACAACAUAUCUGACAAACUUGGCUCCGCCUCCAUCACCUUCAAAUCUUGGACAUUUCAUUUAUUUGCUGAAGAAGCAUGUCAUUACCAAACAAAACCCGUAUUCGUUCUUGGCAAGUAUCCUUUAAAGUGUUUUAUUACGCCGUGAGCUUCAGUCUGAAGGUUAGCGCUGAAUUAAAGUUUAAUAUUCAUUGUUUUACGACGUGAUCUCGCUCAGGCUGAGGUGGGGCCUGUUCAUCUCAAUUUAUUUCAACUGAUGUUGCACAUUCUGUUGAAGAUUGUACCCUGUCAUGUUUCUUUCUAUUGUGCACUAGCUGUUACGUUGGGAGGUCCGUGUCUUUGUCCAUUUACCUCGUGUUGUGCAUGUGUCUUCCUUUGGCGUAUCCAUCUGAGGUUCUCUCACUCUUUCUCUUCCUCUCUUUCUAACAAUGAAUGAAUAUUCAUAUCCAGUUCCUCCUGUUUCUCUUUCUCUCUCUUUUCUUUUUUGUCUUUAUAUUGGGUGUGAAAGUGGAUGCUUUUACCUCACCUUUAUUAAACAUGCCUUGAUUUUUUUUUUUUUUCAGAAUGUGCACUAAAACUCCAAAGUUAGUCAGUUGACAUUUUGCAAUAUAUUAUUGAUUUUUAGCGAGUUCUGUUUUUCAUGGAACUGAAGGUUAAGUGGUACGUUUUUAUUGUUGAACUUUUUUUUUUUUUGCAAAAAAGGUGUGCCAAUUCUGUAGCUACUAUACAAACUUGCCCACUUGUUUGUUAAAAGGUUUUUUUUUUUAAUGGAUUUUCUGAUCCAUAUAUAUAUAAACACACAGUCAUGGCAAAUGUGGGAAUCCUCAUUUGAAAAUCUGUUCAAACAUACUUGUGGAUCAAUGUUUGGAUUGUUCAAUAAAAUCCACAAUUGUU